UGUCGAGCUUGCGAAGAAGCUCGCCUCCGUGUAAAUACAUCCGGUCCAUGAUUUGCGACGACGAUGGCCGUUCUGAUGAGCCGCAGGAGUUUCAGGAGAUCCGUUGGCCAUCGUGGUGGCGGUCUCGCCCCGCAUCAGACAUCGCGGCGCACGUACCGGCACUCUACAGACCAAGGCAAGGACAGAUCUGGCCAGAUCUGCGUCUUGGAUGGAUGGAUGGAUGAAUGGUGGCCAUGCUGGUCUCUCUUUUUCUGCGGCAGAAAGAAGCUGGCCUUCGGCGUGAGGGCCAUCGACCAGAUCCUCCUGUGAGCGAAUGUGGUGUGUCUAAGGCGCUCAUCUGGCCGGCUGUUUGGUGUGGUGUGGUGUGUUGCAGGGGUGGGAUCCCGUCUGGAUGCAUCGCGGAGAUCACGGUGAGGUGCAGCUGCGGCCUUUAUUCCACUGGCCAUCUGCAGUGGGAACCAUCAAUGUGUUUGUCUGCGCUGCCAUGCCCACAGGGGGAGGCGGGCAGCGGCAAGACGCAGACGGCAAUGCACCUCACGGCGCAGGUCCACUCCACAUGAGCCAGCCUCAUGCCAGUUCUCUCACUUCUCUCGGUGUGUUGAAAUCCCUUUCUUGUGUGCAGGCCUUGGUAUCUCAGCUGGACGUGCCUUCGUCGGGUCGGCAGCCCACAGAUGCGGCCGUGUACUACAUCUACACCGAGGGCUCGCUGCCUGCCGAAAGACUUUCGCCCAUCGUCGGUCGGUGACAUGGAUGGAUGGCAACCACGGAGGGAGAGAACACAAGGCUUUGUUUGUUUGUUGUGCUGGUGGGUUGUGUGCGUUUCAUGCAUAUGUCAGAGUCGUCUGUGCGGCGUCACUAUGCCAGCCGGGGUGUUGCGGGUGGUGAGUUGGAGGAGAGGGUGCAGCACUGUGUGGGGAAACUGAUGGAUCGCAUCUAUGUGGAACACGUCGAGGACGAGGGGGUGAGAUGAGCGGGGAGCGAGGGAGGGAGGGAGGGAGGGAGGGGAUGCCCGGAGAGGGCAGACGGGGCAUGAAGGCCUUAGAUUAGCACAUCUGUCUCUCUCUGAUGUGUGGCACCUUUGCAGCGUUUGUCGUAUGUGCUGAGCAGCAAGAUACCCCUGCUCAUGAGUGUGUUCAAGGUAAGUCCUUCCCAUUCGUCUCAUCUGCAGAUGCCCUCCCUGCCCGUUUGCUUGUGCGUCAGGUGGUGCUGGUGGUGAUCGACUCCAUCGCAGCCAUCUUCCGAGUCCCACAGCGGGGGCUCAACAGGGAGUCAGUGAGAGAGAGAAACACCCGCCACGCCCGCCACGCCCGCCACGCCACGCCACGCCAACAUUCCCCUGUCUGUCUGUCUGUCUGUGGUUUACGGCAUUCAGCGGUCUGGCGGCUCGGUCUGAGUCUCUGUUCAUCUUGGCGUCGCUGCUCAAGCGCAUCGCCGCCAACCAUUCGGCGUGGGUCGUUGUGACCAACCAGGUGUCCCUCGCACAGCUGCCCAGGGGAUUCAGAGGCGACGCCAACCAAUCACACGCUAUGGUAGACUCGUAGGCAGGCAGGCAGGCAGCCAUCCAUCCAUCUGUGUCGUGUAUUGUUCUGUGUUGGUUGUGAUGUGUGGCGUGGGAAGGUGCGUCCGACGCUGGGCAUGGCGUGGUCGACGUGUGUCAACUGCCGGAUGAUGCUGUCCAAGGCGCGCUGGAGUGGCGGGCGGGAGGUCGCACCCCGACAGUUCCACCUCGAGUUCGCACCACACGCGCAUCCUGAGAGGUACCUGUACACCCAACCAGACAGAGACAGACUGAGGCACAUAGCAGUGUCUCUCUCUCUCUCUCUCUCUCUCCUCUCUGUGUGUUGACUUCUACUGAUCUAUCCAUCCAUCUAUCCAUCCACGGGUCAUUAGGUGUGGGUUUCGCAUUGGAAAUGGCGGUAUAGAGGGCGUGGAGGAGGCAUGAGACAUGAAAGAAAGGGACCUGUGGUCUUGCGUGUGGUGUG